AUGAAUGCCAAAGACGGACAUGGGAAUCAUUUGCUGCAUCUCGCGGCUCUCGGCGGCCAGAUUGACAUGAUGAAUCGACUGAUCAGCGAAUUUAAUGCGAAUAUCGAUUGCGGAGAUCAGAAUCAGGAGACCCCGCUACAUAUAGCCGUGCAGAGAAGUAAAGGCACUGUCAUAGAAGCUGUGAUAAAAAUGAAACCAAAUCUGGAGGCCAGAAAUAGGAACGGGGAAACUCCUUUGAUGGUUGCCUGUAAGCUGGGAAAGAUCGAGAUUAUGAAGCGUUUGGUCGAUGCUGGAGCCGACAGGCACACCACAGACAACGAUACAAACUCUAUCCUAAUUGAAGCUGUCUUGGCAGGCCACAAAAGGAUUGUUGGAUAUGCCUUGAACAUAGGAGUCGAUAAGGACCAUCAGCGAGUCGGUGGUUUGGCUGCCUUGCAUAUCGCAGCAAAGGACGGAAAGAGUCGUAUUGUUCAGAUGCUUAUCAAUGGAAAUGCUGCCAACGACAAGUCGGGCUAUUACGGAAUGACGCCGCUGCAUUACGCUGCACAACAAGCUCAUAGUACAGUUGUCGAAGUGCUACUCAAUGCAGGAGUUGAUAUCAAAGGCAAGGAUUAUUGGGGCAGGACCCCGGUGCAUCAUGCAGCCAGUGGAACCUCGAGACCAAAGAAUUCGGCUAGAGAAAGGACAGUGAGGCUUCUCUUAGAGGGAGGUGCAGAAAAGCAAUGCGUCAAUGACGAAGGCAAGACGGCACGAGAAUUGGCAGAGGAAAAGGGCAAUCAAAGAGUCGUAGAAAUAUUAGAUAUAGGCUAG